CAAAAACAAAGAAGCUAUUUUUUUCCCUGGAACUAGCAGCUGCAAAAAGGACUUAACCACCCUUUUUCUCUUUCGUUUUUUUCGGAACACAUUAGCCGCACCAGAGAGUUCAGUUUUCAUAUUUUUGGUAGCAUACAAACAAGCCAGCCGCAGGAGUAGUAGUUUGUUUCUCCAAACUUAGUCGCAACAGCAGUUUUUUGUUCUCUGGAGAAACAGCCAAGCGCCAACUAGAAGACCACACAAUUUUUUUUCUUCUGGAAUCUAGAUGUAGCCGCUGUAGAAAUCUAGGAGGGAUUUCCAAACUUCAUGUUUUUGUUCAAUUUCUCCCAUUUCAAUUUAGUUCCUACGGAAUCACUUGCAGGUAAGGAGCGGUUCUUUCAGGUGAAUGAAUUGGAUGAGUGGAGGGCUCAGGCCUUUCAUAAUUCAUACUUAUACAAAGAGAGAGUAAAACAAGCUCAUGACAAGCACAUUAAGGCGGACCGCCAGUUUGCAGAGGGGGAGAAGAUGUUGUUGUAUAAUUCAAGGUUGAGACUUUUUCCUGGGAAGCUGAAGUCCCGAUGGACGGGACCAUACACUGUACGUCGAGUUUAUCCCUAUGGAAGUGUGGAGAUUGAGCAUAAUGAUGGCCGGGUUGUCAAGGUCAACGGCAACCAACUCAAGCACUAUUUUGGGGGAAUGUUUGAAAAGCAGAAGGAGGUUUUAAGCCUCGAACCCGUCUUUGAAUGAGAUUUUAUCGUCAAGCUAGUGACGUUAAAGAAGCGCUUCUGGGAGGCAACCCACCAAAAAAAAAAACUGAAAAAAACUAAAAAAAAAAGGAAUUAAGAGUUUAGUAUCUCUUGUUUAUGCAUUUUUUGUCUUUGUUUUUUCAUUUUCAUCUUGUGCUUGUGCGGUUGGAUUUCUCUUCUUUGAAUUGUAGAUAUGACAUGGAAUGGUGUGGAAGAAGAAGUGUAGCCCUAUAUAAAUGGAGCUCCUAAAGGAUACUGGCUACCAACUCCCGUUUACUUUACAGAAGGUCCGUGGAGACCCGGCAGCAGACACUUUCAAGGCCAAUAGUUGGAGACAAUAAUUGGAGACUUACGCAUGCUCCAGGAGUGAAACCAGCUGCCAUGCACCAUGGAUUUCGUGAGCUCUUUCGCUGUCCGCAGGAGCACCGCUGUUUAGAAGAAGAAGCGACGACAAGCACAAUCAUCUAGUGCAAUUUGAUGGGACAUGACCUUGAUGGUAGUAUUUGGAUGGUGGUUGAUUUUUGAGGGCCGAAUCAGCUGCCCGUUGACAAUAGACCAUUGUUUAUUGGGCCUUGGUUCACCACACUUUGGACAAACUGCCCAGCCUCAGUAUUAUUGCAGCAUUCCAGUGGCAGGAUUCAGCGGCAUCUACACAUCUAGGAGAGUCAUUUCAGCUUGCAGAUCAUGGUUCUAAGACCGAAUAUCUCACCACCAGAGACCGAGGGGCUAUCAGAUGCUGAGUUUUAUGUUAAGCCGGAGGUUAUUCACUGUAGUUUGGCUUAUAUGGUAAUCUGUCAACUCUAACUACGCUGCUAAAAAUGUGUGCUUACUAUCAUAUUACUCCUUUGUUGAUUUGUGCUGAUUAUUAUUCUGAUUAUGAUGUGUUGCCGGGCUAAAAAUCAUUUUACUCGUUAAUUUGCCUCUGGUAUUUUUGUUUUAAUCUUUUCUUUGACCUCGAGGGCGAUGUCACCCCUAAGUGUGGGGAGGUUUGGUUUUAGCUUGGACAUGACAUUUGGUGAUGAAGUUAUUCUGUCCGAAAACAUUUUGAGGUGCACGAGGUUCUUUUUUCUAGUUUAGCAACGCAACAGAGGUAACUUGUUAAUCUUUAUUUUCUUUUGUAAUCUUCCGUCUCCUCCAUCUUUCUUGGAAAGAAUUAGUAAUGAUGUAAUCAUCAGGGUGGUGUGUAUAUUCUUGGGAAUGUUGGCAUGUUAGAUGGUUUGAUUUGUGUUGAUUAAAUUCGGUUUUACUCGUGAUUCACUAGUUCGUCAUCAAUAAUUGCUUGACUGGCCAGGUGUUGAAUAUCCUUACUCCGUAAGGAGCUCUGCUUUCUAAGCAUAUCGGGAUAAAUUCAUGCUAAGCAGGCAAUUGAUUCUUGUUAUGGGGUUACACUUCGUGUGUCGAGAAUUUCAUCUCCGAAAAGGGGCUCUGCUCAUCUCGUGAAUCACCCCGUGUGAGAGUUGAGUAUGCAUAGUAAUGAGAUAAACUCCUAGGCCCUAUAGCUUGAAUCAGCCCUGUAAUCCAGAACCUGACCAACUUUAUUUAUUCAAAAAAAAAAAUGAAUCACGAGCAUACCAGUUUUUAUCACACAAUUCUUGGGUUUUUGGAAUGAUUGGUGGUUUGGAUUUCACACACCUACACCGUUGGGACCAUCAUGCUUUUCUCUACAUUUUAGUGAGGGGGAUUUUACUUUUGAUAAUAUUGUUUAACAGGUGAAUCUUGGUUUCGUUGUUAAGAAAGAAAAGACCUUGUGCAGUCAUUUGUUUUGGGUGUGAAUGAUUUUUGAACCAGGUGUUACAUGUGAUUAUUUUUGUUUUCGUGGGUUUAAUGCACUGUUGCUUGGGGGCAAGCAACGCUCAAGUGUGGGGAGAUUUGAUAGGCUCGUUCCGUUCCUAUCUUUUCACCCAUAUUUUGGGUGUUAAUUGUCUAAUUUUCAUAAUUAAUUGGGUGACUAUUGGGAGUUUUGAAUGAAAAUCUGUAAUUUUUUGGUCCCGGUGCCAUUCAUUUUCAGUUUAGUAUUUGUCUACACAAUUUGACAUUUUUGGAGUAAUUUGAUUGUAAAAUUACAUAUUUUUAGCGUAUGUGGCAAGUUGUGAUUGUUAUAGGCCGAAUUUGCGGUGAAUUGUUUGAACCGGAUCAUUUGAAUGUUGUGUUAAAAGUUAUUAAGUGCCGCCGAAAAAAAAAGAAGAGAACAGCCCAAAGAAGAAAAAACCCGCAGGAGAUUGGAUCUUUCUCAAGCAGCCCAAAAAGAAAGAAGCUAUUUUUUUCCCUGGAACUAGCAGCUGCAAAAAGGAGUUAACCACCCUUUUUCUCUUUCGUUUUUUUUUUCGGAACACAUUAGCCGCACCAGAGAGUUCAGUUUUCAUAUUUUUGGUAGCAUACAAACAAGCCAGCCGCAGGAGUAGUAGUUUGUUUCUCCAAACUUAGUCGCAACAGCAGUUUUUUGUUGUCUGGAGAAACAGCCAAGCGCCAACUAGAAGACCACGCAAUUUUUUUUCUUCUGGAAUCUAGAUGUAGCCGCUGUAGAAAUCUAGGAGGGAUUUCCAAACUUCAUGUUUUUGUUCAAUUUCUCCCAAUUCAAUUUAGUUCCUACGGAAUCACUGUAAGUUUAAUUAUACUUUACAUUACAUGUUUCCAAUGUUGGAUUGAAUAUCGAUGCAGUUUUUCUCCC